UUUAUCUUAGAGAGCUGGCAAAAGAUAAAUGGUGAAGAACCCGUCUGCUUUGGAGCCAAAGAUAACCAAUACGGUUCCUUCAACAUGACAAAGAGUGGACGAGUGAAAACAAUGAAGCUUAUUCACCGGUCAGGGUCGGUGCGCUGCGGCAAUUAUAUUUCAUCCUACUGGGGCUGCACCUACUCAGGAUAUGGAGAAGAUUUGAUGACAAUCAUUACAGAUGCAAAUAAGAAGGCCAUUCUGCCCCCUACCGAAGACUUGAAAGCUCAUCCUGAUAACACAAAAGACCAUUACAGCCUUCCUGGAUAUCACCAUAAUUCAACUGAGCUGGUUUUUCGCAACCUCGACAAUCCAUUGUCUGUCUCGAGCUACCAAGAGAUGCAGUUAUGGUACGGACAGGAUUGGAAGGACUACUUUGAGGGAGACAACAGCGGUAAAACUUGUGUUGAUGUGUAUGCAUGGUAUGAGUGA